UGAAGCGGUUUGCAACAAUAACAGCAGCAUCCAAAGAGCGGAUUACUACUUGACAUGCUUGACUUUUCCUUUACAUUCUUCCUCAUAAACAGUGCCAAAAAGUAAGUCAUCUGCAAUCUUUUGGCUUCGAGAGUUGUAAUUGUUUUGAGGGAUUAAAGGGAUUAGCACGCAGGUGAUAUUGGACAGUAUGGCACUAGCUGCUAAUCUAAGCCUCCUGGGCUGGGAUGAGUGGGGGAGACAGAUGCUGGAGAAGAACGAGGGGGAAGAGGUGAAGAAAGCAGAGGAAGGGGAGGAAAAGGAGAAUGAAGUGGAGAGGGAGGUUAAAGAGGUUGGGGAGGUGGAUGAGAUGGAGAUGACAGAAGCAAAAGAAACGGAGGAAGAGCAGGAUGAAAAAGAAAAUGAGUUUGAGAGGGAGGUGAAAGAAGCAGAGGAACUUGAGGAAACAAGGGAAGAAGGAGUAAAUGAGGUAGAGGAUGAGGUGGAUGCGGAGGAAGAUGGGCAGGUGAGGGAAGAAGAGAAGGCCGGGGAGGAAGACGACAGGGAAGAGGAGCGUAUUGGACAAUAUCACCUUGCAGAGCAAUUCAGAGAACGUAUCAGAAGACUUGAGGAUGAAAACAUUCAGCAAAACCAAGAAAGUGUGAGGCGAGAACAUAAUGAAGAAAACUUGUCUGAUUCGGUGGAAUCCGAUAAUGAAGAUUCUGACUCAGCGGGAUAUGAGGAUGAAUUUUACAACUUUGACGGAAUAAAAAAUGGAGAGAGAGCUGUUGAGAAGAAACAUAAGGAUCCCAAGGAACUGGAAGAUCCUGAUGAACGGUCAUGGAGGAAUGAAAAUAGCAUCCUAGAAACCUGUACUUCUAUGGAAAGAAAAGAAGCACAAGAUGAAGGUGAGAAUUUGACAGAUUGGAAAGAAACGGUUGCAGAAUAUUGGACAACUCAAGAAGAAGAGUUUCAAGUUGAUCAAAAAAAGCUUCAAAAUGAAGAGGAAGAGUCUACGGUAGACGAGGAAGCAGAACAUUCAACGGACAAAGAAGCAGAUAGUAAUGAUGAAGACGUGGUAAAGAUUUAUUGCAAAAAUGAUUAUCGCACGGACAUAUUCCGUACAUUGACAGAGUUCAGGGACUCCUCCCUUCUCACUGACCUUACUUUGAGCACAGAGGGCGGGAAGAGUUUCCACGUACACUCCCCUGUCCUGGCUGCUGUCAGCUCCCUUGUCCGAGAAAGUCUUAGUAGAAGUAAUGUAGGUAACGAUAGAGUUGGUGAAAGAAAAGAUACAAGUGUUGGAGUCCACAGAUGGUCAGUGUCUCUGGGUCCAGAGGUGGAUCAUGUUGGAUUGAAGGCAGUUGUGGAGUUUGCCUACACUGGACUCUUAUCAUGUUUGAACAAGAACACUUUGCACCAGAUAACGGUUGCGGCUCAAUCAAUGGGUGCCCCCAGGGUGCUGGAUCUCUGCAAAAAGGAAGAAGAAAAGUCCACAAAAACCCAGAAGAAAGAGGAAAGGAUCUCGGCUGCAGAACAAAUGACGAUCAGUCUUCGGUCCAUCAAACAGCUGUGGAUGGACAGUGUGGGCUGUGAUGUAAUUCUGGAAGCUGUUGGAGGAUCACUUCAUGUCCACAGAGUCAUCCUUGCUGUGUGCAGUGACUACUUCCGUGGCAUGUUCACCUCUGGGAUGAGGGAAUCCCGUCAGCCCCAUGUGACCCUUCCCUUCCUUUUGGCUUCAGAGCUGGAGGUUCUGAUUGGUUGCUCCUACAGCGGGGCUCUUCCCCUCAGCUGGAGGUGUGCCUACGAGAUCACCAGCACCGCUCUCCAGCUCCAGUACCAACCUGCCCUCUCCUUGUGCCUUAACUUCCUGCAUCAAGAAAUAAACCCUCACUCCUGCCUGGAUGUGGCAUCUUUUGCCGAGGCCUACGAGAUGGCGCAGCUCCUUGAAGUCGCAGACGAUUUCGUCCUGCGGCAAUUCCAAAAGGUGGCAUGCAUCUCAAAGUUCAAGGACCUGCCAGCCAAAAAGCUCCUCAAAUACCUGAACAGUCGCUCGCUCUGUGUUCCAUCUGAGCUCGUUGUGUUCAAAGCAGUGGUGGCAUGGAUCCAAGCAAAGCCUAAAAUAAGGCUGAAGUUUGCCAAAGAACUAAUGAAAACCAUCCACUUUCCCCUGAUGACAUUCAAGGAUUUCAAAGAGGUUCAAUCUCUGAACAUGUGGUCUGAUCACAGCCUGGCAGAGCUCUAUGAAGCAGUUUUUGAGGAUUUCUGCUCCAAUGAGAGUCCGUGCCGAAUCUAUCUGCCGCAAGAGAAUCUGGUCUUGAUUGGAGGUGACCAGAUUUCUGAAGACCUGAGUAGCCGCAUCAUCAGCAAAGAUCUCUGGUUUGGGAAUUCCCUAAGGAACCAUACUGGGAUAAUUAAGACUAUGGAGUGGAGAAAGCUGGGAGAGAUGCCAGAGCUAGAGAGGGUCUGUCAUGAGGUGGCUGUCCUCAAAGGACAACUAUAUAUCUUUGGAGGCAAGAAGUAUUAUGGCAUCAACGACACCCUGAAUUCUGUUUACAAGUAUGACCCCCUUCAAAACAGCUGGGAGUGCCUGGUUGAAAUGCAGGAAAAGAGAUCCUCUUUCUCCGUGGUUGUUCUGGACGGAAAGAUAUAUGCCAUCGGCGGACAUUGUAACCGUGAAUAUAUACAGAGUGUGGAACGAUACUGUCCCACUGGAAACUCUUGGAGCUUCACGUGGCCCUUGGAUCUGCCUAUGGCUGGCCAUGCAGCAAAAGUUUUACAAGGGCGGAUCUUUGUCUCAGGAGGGCUGAGCAGUGACUGCCAAUACCUUGCAUCCAUGUUUCUGUACCACCCAGAGACAGGAAGCACUUUUUUGGCAAACAUGGAUAAACCCCGAGCUCGUCACUGCAUGGAGACCCUGGGCGAAUGUCUUUAUGUAGCAGGCGGGAUCUCCGCAGAUGAUAAAAUGGGUAUUGUUGACCAGCUAGCUUGUGAGAUGUACAAUCCAGUAGCAGACUCCUGGACUGCCUUCGCAUCUUUGCCAGUGCCACAUGUAGGAGCAGCAGGUGCAGUUUUAGAGGGAAAGUUUUAUGUGCUGGGUGGAUACAGCCAGGAGGACUACAGCGACACCAAGAUGGUCCACAGGUAUGAUCCCACCACGCAGAGGUGGGAGAACAUGGGCAGAAUGCCCGGGCCGAACAGUGACAUACGAGCAUCUGUGCUGUGUUUGCCACCACAAUUCCGAUCGUAAGACAUGGUGACAUAUGAAUGUCAUUACUGUUGUUGUAUAAAGUUUAAUGAUACUGAAUUUCCAGUUACUUAAUGCAUGUUAAUAACAGUUUUGUAAUUUAGAAAACAUUGUUGUUUGUAGCCGAUGUAAGGAUAUUUACAUGCAAAAAGUAGGGUAUCUUUGUAAUGUAGAACAUUUUUGGUGCUAUAUAUUCCAAUUAACUCAAAACUGUAAUGAAAUUAUUUGUUUUAGUUAAAGAUGGGAUGGCAGUUAUUUCCAUAACAAACAAAGAAUAAAAAUGUUUACACCAAUUACUGCAUUAACAAACUACAGUAUGAACACAAGAGGGAGUUGCUCCCUCUUGUGUUCAUAGUUGGCAUACUUUAUUCAUUGCAGAAUGUGCAGAAAGCUGUGUUUAGUCACCAGAGACAGGACAAGAGACAAUAUAAGUAUUUUGCAUUUAUUGUUCUGAAGAAG